CGUGAUCAUAAUUAAUGCGUGGUUUGUCCUUGAUUGACGCUGCUAGGUCAUUGAUGAUCUGGGAGAUUCGUGCUUUCUGGUAUAGGUCAUUGAUGAUCUGGGAGAUUCGUGCUUUGAUUCGGGUCUGGUAUAGGUCAUUGAUGAUCUGGGAGAUUCGUGCUUUGAUUCGGGUCUGGUAUAGGUUAUUGAUGAUCUGGGAGAUUCGUGUUUUGAUUCGGGUCUGGUAUAGGUCAUUGAUGAUCUGGGAGAUCCGUGCUUUGAUUCGGGUCUGGUAUUGGUCAUUGAUGAUCCGGGAGGUUUGUGCUUUGAUAUCGGUUGAAACACGCUAUGCACUUGAUCGCGAUGUGCACGCCACUGGACACGUGACUAAGGCAUCAGAUGUCAAAAUUUUUAACUUACAUCAUUUUAUCAGCCGCGGGUCGCAAUCCAGUGCCUUUGAUAGGUCCAAUCAAUUCAAGCGACUCGCGUUAUUUUACGAGAAGGAAUCAGUGUUGGCUCCAGUCAGCACUGAAAAACUUCCACCUCCAGACCCACGCCUUCAUCACCAACUAUCUCACCACCGCAAUUCUCCCGUGCAUAUACACAAACUACUUCAGGACAACAAAGAUGAUCCAGCAUUUAAGCAAUUCAUCCCCAAACUCAAGGAUCACGUAUUGUGUUGCUUAUGGGUGCAAGAUAGUGAUGGCCCCACUGAAUUUUCUAGUGAUGACAGAAACAACAUUGUCAUAUGCAACAAUCCUGUUCGACCCAUCCCUACUGGUGGAGCGAACACACAGAAAACUCAAAUGGAGAUCUUAUUUGUCAGAUGGUUUGAUCCAGUUCAACACCACCAUUCUGGGAUUAAAGCAGCUCGUCUCCCCAAAGUUGCCUUUGUACCUGAGAUCAAUGACUCUGCAUUCAGCUUUGUUGAUCCUGCCUCAGUAGUUUGUGGGGUACACCUGAUCCUAGCAUUUGCAGAUGGAAGGGUCCAGUCUACACUGCAGCAAAAGUCUGUGGGAUGCAUACGGAGAGAGGAUGACGAAUGGACCUCAUAUUAUGUUAACAUUUUUGUUGAUUGCGAUAUGUUCAUUCGUUUUACUAGCACUGGUGUCUAG